AAGCAGCUGCACACGAGCUGCAGAUGUGCUCUUUCCUUCCUUUGUGGGCUGUGUCUUCUAUAAGGGAGAGAGACGUAUUAAUCAUUUCUUUUACUGCUAAGGGGAUGGGUGCUGCUCUCAUAUUUCAGAAAGGGGCUGGAAAGUGAGAGAAGCCAAACUUUUUCCUAUUUAAGGCCGAAGCGAAGGAAUCUCAGUGGCUGAGUUUUAUGACGGGCCCGGUGCUGCAGGGCAGGGAACAUCUGAUGGUGCUACUUUGAGCUGCUGCUCUCCCCUCCUCGCUGCACAAAGAGUCUCAUGUCUCACAUUUAGACAUGACGAGCUUUGUGCAAAAGGGGACCUGGUUGCUUCUCGCUCUGCUUCAGCCCGCUGUCAUCUCGGCACAGCAGCAAGCUAUUGAUGGAGGAUGCUCCCAUCUUGGUCAGUCCUAUGCGGAUAGAGAUGUCUGGAAGCCAGAACCGUGCCAAAUAUGCGUCUGUGACUCAGGAUCUGUUCUCUGCGAUGACAUAAUAUGUGACGAACAAGAAUUAGACUGUCCCAACCCAGAGAUCCCAUUUGGAGAAUGUUGUGCAGUUUGCCCACAGCCUCCAACAUCUCCUCCUCGCCCUCCUAAUGGUCAUGGACCUCAAGGCCCUAAGGGAGAUCCAGGCCCUCCUGGUAUUCCUGGGAGAAAUGGCGACCCCGGUAUUCCCGGACAGCCAGGCUCCCCUGGUUCUCCUGGCCCCCCUGGAAUCUGUGAAUCCUGCCCUACUGGUCCUCAGAACUAUUCUCCCCAGUUCGAGUCCUAUGACGUCAAGGCUGGUGUCGCAGGAGGCGGCAUCGGAGGCUACCCCGGGCCAGCUGGUCCCCCUGGUCCUCCUGGUCCCCCUGGUACAUCUGGUCAUCCUGGCUCCCCGGGUUCCCCAGGAUACCAAGGCCCCCCUGGUGAGCCUGGGCAAGCUGGUCCUGCGGGCCCUCCAGGACCCCCUGGUGCUAUGGGUCCAUCUGGUCCUGCUGGAAAAGAUGGGGAAUCAGGAAGACCUGGACGACCUGGAGAGCGAGGGCUGCCUGGACCUCCAGGUAUGAAAGGUCCAGCUGGCAUGCCUGGAUUCCCCGGUAUGAAAGGACAUAGAGGCUUUGAUGGACGAAAUGGAGAAAAGGGUGAUACAGGUGCUCCUGGAUUAAAGGGUGAAAAUGGCCUCCCAGGUGAAAAUGGAGCCCCCGGACCCAUGGGUCCCCGAGGUGCUCCUGGUGAGCGAGGACGGCCAGGCCUCCCCGGGGCCGCGGGUGCUCGAGGUAACGAUGGUGCUCGUGGAAGUGACGGACAACCAGGCCCUCCCGGUCCCCCUGGAACUGCAGGAUUCCCCGGUUCCCCUGGUGCUAAGGGUGAAGUUGGACCCGCGGGAUCUCCUGGUUCAAACGGCUCCCCUGGACAAAGAGGAGAACCUGGACCUCAGGGACAUGCUGGUGCUCCAGGCCCUCCUGGCCCCCCUGGGAGCAAUGGUAGUCCUGGCGGUAAAGGUGAAAUGGGUCCCGCUGGCAUUCCUGGAGCCCCUGGACUGAUAGGAGCCCGGGGCCCUCCUGGACCACCCGGUACCAAUGGUGCUCCUGGACAGCGAGGUGGUGCAGGUGAACCCGGUAAAAAUGGUGCCAAAGGAGAGCCAGGCCCACGCGGUGAACGUGGUGAAGCUGGUUCUCCAGGUAUCCCAGGACCUAAAGGUGAAGAUGGCAAAGAUGGCUCGCCUGGAGAACCAGGUGCAAACGGACUUCCGGGAGCUGCCGGAGAAAGGGGUGCACCUGGAUUCCGAGGACCUGCUGGAGCAAAUGGCCUUCCAGGAGAAAAGGGUCCCGCUGGGGAGCGUGGUGGUCCAGGCCCUGCAGGGCCCAGAGGAGCUCCUGGAGAACCCGGCCGAGAUGGUGUCCCAGGAGGUCCAGGAAUGAGGGGCAUGCCCGGAAGCCCAGGAGGGCCAGGCAGCGAUGGGAAACCAGGGCCUCCCGGAAGUCAAGGAGAAAGUGGUCGACCAGGUCCUCCAGGCCCGUCUGGUCCCCGAGGUCAGCCUGGCGUCAUGGGUUUCCCUGGUCCUAAAGGAAAUGAUGGUGCACCUGGCAAGAAUGGAGAGCGAGGUGGUCCUGGAGGUCCCGGCCCUCAGGGUCCUGCUGGAAAGAAUGGUGAAACUGGACCUCAGGGUCCCCCGGGGCCUACUGGGCCGGCUGGUGACAAAGGAGACGCGGGACCCCCUGGUCCCCAAGGGCUACAGGGUUUGCCCGGAACCAGUGGACCCCCAGGAGAAAAUGGAAAACCCGGUGAACCAGGCCCGAAGGGUGAAUCUGGUUCACCUGGAGUUCCAGGAGGCAAGGGCGACUCAGGUGCACCGGGCGAGCGUGGUCCUCCCGGGGCUGCAGGCCCCAUGGGCCCCCGAGGUGGAGCUGGACCCCCAGGCCCCGAAGGAGGGAAGGGCGCUGCUGGCCCCCCUGGGCCACCCGGCUCGGCAGGUACCCCUGGUCUGCAGGGGAUGCCCGGAGAGAGAGGAGGCCCCGGCGGCCCCGGCCCCAAGGGUGACAAGGGCGAACCAGGCAGUGCAGGUGCAGAUGGAGCCCCGGGGAAGGAUGGUCCCAGGGGUCCUACCGGUCCCAUCGGCCCCCCUGGCCCAGCCGGUCAGCCUGGAGAUAAGGGUGAAGGUGGUGCCCCCGGCCUCCCGGGCAUAGCUGGUCCUCGCGGUGGCCCCGGCGAGAGAGGUGAGCACGGCCCCCCGGGACCCGCCGGCUUCCCCGGAGCUCCCGGACAGAACGGCGAGCCCGGCGCUAAGGGCGAAAGGGGCGCCCCCGGCGAGAAGGGUGAAGGAGGCCCCCCCGGAGUGGCAGGGCCCCCCGGAGGAGCCGGGCCUGCGGGUCCCCCCGGUCCCCAGGGUGUCAAAGGUGAACGUGGCAGUCCCGGCGGUCCCGGUGCCGCUGGCUUCCCUGGUGGUCGUGGUCUUCCUGGCCCUCCUGGCAAUAAUGGUAACCCAGGCCCCCCAGGCUCCAGUGGUGCUCCAGGCAAGGAUGGGCCCCCCGGUCCACCCGGUAACAACGGCGCUCCUGGCAGCCCUGGGGUGUCCGGACCUAAAGGUGAUGCUGGCCAACCCGGUGAGAAGGGAUCGCCUGGCCCCCAGGGCCCUCCGGGAGCCCCAGGCCCUCUCGGAAUUGCUGGGAUCACCGGGGCCAGGGGUCUCGCGGGACCACCAGGCAUUCCAGGUCCUAGGGGAAGCCCAGGCCCACAGGGCGUCAAGGGUGAAAAUGGGAAGCCAGGACCCAGUGGUCACAACGGAGAGCGCGGUCCUCCCGGGCCCCAGGGGCUUCCCGGCCUGGCCGGCACGGCUGGUGAACCUGGAAGAGAUGGAAACCCAGGCUCCGACGGGCUGCCAGGCCGCGACGGCGCUCCGGGCGGCAAGGGUGAUCGUGGGGAGAACGGGUCUCCUGGCGCCCCGGGCGCCCCCGGCCACCCCGGCCCCCCCGGCCCCGUGGGCCCGGCGGGGAAGAGCGGCGACCGAGGCGAGACGGGCCCCGCUGGUCCCUCCGGCGCUCCUGGUCCUGCAGGCUCCCGAGGCCCCCCUGGUCCCCAAGGUCCACGCGGUGACAAAGGUGAAACCGGUGAACGUGGCCUUAACGGCAUCAAAGGCCAUCGAGGAUUCCCCGGUAACCCAGGUGCCCCAGGCUCUCCGGGUCCUGCAGGCCACCAGGGAGCAAUCGGUAGUCCAGGCCCCGCAGGCCCCAGAGGACCAGUUGGACCCAGUGGACCCCCUGGUAAAGACGGAACAAGUGGACAUCCAGGUCCCAUUGGACCACCAGGCCCUCGAGGUAACAGAGGAGAAAGAGGAUCUGAGGGCUCCCCCGGCCACCCAGGACAGCCAGGUCCCCCCGGGCCUCCUGGUGCCCCUGGACCCUGCUGUGGUGGGGGCGCUGCCGCCCUGGCUGCCGCCGGAGGGGAGAAAGCUGGCGGGUUUGCCCCCUAUUACGGAGAUGAGCCAAUGGAUUUCAAAAUCAACACCGAGGAGAUUAUGACUUCGCUCAAAUCCGUCAGUGGACAAAUAGAAAGCCUCGUUAGCCCCGACGGGUCCCGCAAACACCCCGCUCGGAACUGCCGGGACCUCAAAUUCUGCCAUCCAGAGCUCAAGAGCGGAGAGUACUGGGUUGACCCCAACCAAGGCUGCAAGUUGGAUGCGAUCAAAGUAUUCUGCAACAUGGAAACCGGGGAGACGUGCCUGAAUGCCAGUCCCGGGAGCGUUCCCCGGAAGAACUGGUGGACAGAUUCUGGUGCUGAGAAGAAACAUGUUUGGUUUGGAGAAUCCAUGGAUGGUGGCUUCCAGUUUGGCUACGGCAAUCCCGAGCUGCCUGAAGACGUCCUCGAUGUCCAGCUGGCAUUCCUCCGCCUUCUCUCCAGCCGGGCCUCCCAGAACAUCACGUAUCACUGCAAGAAUAGCAUCGCGUACAUGGAUCACGCCAGUGGGAAUGUAAAGAAAGCCCUGAGGCUGAUGGGGUCAAAUGAAGGUGAAUUCAAGGCUGAAGGAAACAGCAAAUUCACAUACACAGUCCUGGAGGAUGGUUGCACUAAACACACUGGGGAAUGGGGCAAAACAGUCUUCGAAUACCGAACACGCAAGGCUGUGAGACUACCUAUUAUAGAUAUUGCACCCUAUGAUGUUGGUGGUCCUGAUCAAGAAUUUGGUGUGGACGUUGGCCCUGUUUGCUUUUUAUAAACCAAACUCUAUCUGAAACCCCAGCAAAAAAUUUCACACUCCAUAUGUGUUCCUCUCGUUCUAACCUUGUCAACCAGUACAAGUGACCAACUCAAUUCCAGUUAUUUAUUUCCAAAAGUUUUGGAAAAAAGUAUAAUUUGGCAAAAAAAAAGAUACCUUUUUUUUUUUUUUUUGCUGUUACACCAAAUACAGUUCAAAUGCUUUUUGUUCUAUUUUUUUACCAAUUUCAAUUUCAAAAUGUCUCAAUGGUGCUAUAAUAAAUAAACUUCAACACUCUUACAAUAA